AUGCGUCAUCGAAAGUCAGAGGAGCGGUCAGUCUUAACGACUGUAUCCAUCAAGGGCCUACCUUGUUGCCGGAUUUUGGUAUCCUUCUUCGCAUUCGUCUCUACCGGUUUCUGUUGAUCGCAGACGUUGAGAAAGCUUUCCAUCAGAUCCGUCUUCAACGAUCACAGCGCGAUGCUACACGUUUUCUUUGGCUUAAAGAUCCGUACAGUCCGCCAUCGCACGACAAUCUUCGCAUAUUCCGGUUUACGCGCAUUCCUUUCGGAAUCAACGCUUCUCCGUUUAUGCUCGCAGCUGCCAUACAGUACUACCUACGUCAUCUUCGUAGUCCGCUUGCUAGCGAGAUCGAACGUAAUACCUACNCUUGGGUUACUCACACCGUUCCUCACCAACGUUAAGAUCUUCGUGCAGGACCUCUGGGCCAAGCAACUGGCUUGGGAUGACCCAUUGGACGCAUCAGAUCGACAACGAUGGUCAGAAUUGCGCGAAGAACUCAAAAGUCCUCUUCCAACAAUACCUAGGCUAGUCGUCUCGAGGAAAGCAACAUCUGAUUCCUCCGAGUUAUGCGUCUUUGGAGACGCUUCCAAACGUGUCUAUGCUUGCUGCGCAUAUCUUCUUUGUCGGUCACAGUCUGCCUCGUCAUCGCGUCUCGUUAUGGCGAAGUCGCACCUCAACGACUUCAAGCCUAUAACGAUACCGCGAUCAGAACUUCUCGCAGUACACAUCAGUGUCCGCCUUGCGCAGUACGUCGUUAACCAGUUGGACAUUAACAUCUCGUCCGUAUACGUCUUUUCCGAUUCGCAGAUAGCCCUACAUUGGAUACACUCUUCUCGACAGUUUAAGACCUUUGUCCAAAAUAGGGUUAAGGCUAUUAAGGACAUCGUAGCGUCUUUUCGGCAACGUAACAUCACCACUAAGUUCCACUAUGUCGCAUCGCAGGAUAACCUUGCAGAUUGCGCUACACGUGGUUUGUCGACGAAAGACUCGCAAGGUCAUAUUUGGUGGUCAGGUCCAUCAUUUUUACUUUCGCCGCCAUCUCAAUAG